GCGACCCGGAAGUGGCCGUGGAGGCGGGACGCGCCUGGCACAAACAUGACAGGAGGCGGGAAGCGGAGACCUCGCGCUGGGGAGCUGGAGCAGGAGCAGUGCGAGAAGUCGCGGGGCGUGAAGAAGAGCCGCUGCGGCCGAGCCGACGGCCCCGGCCCCCUGCGCGCGGAGGUGGAAGGCUGCUACCGGCUGCGGAUGCCCGAGGACUUCUUCCACUUCUGGGACUUCUGCCAGGAGCUGGAUCCCGACACGCCCGCGGAAGCACUUGUAUCAAGUGUUGGACUUAAGCUGGUGGGGCCUUAUGAUAUACUUGCUGGAAAACACAAAAAACCAAAAAAAUCAACAGAGUUGAACUUCAACCUUCACUGGAGGUUUUUUUACGACCCGCCUGAAUUCCAGACUAUAAUUGUUGGAGAUAACAAAACACAGUAUCACAUGGGAUAUUUCAGGGAUAUGCCAGAUGAACUUCCAGUAUGGGUUGGUGUAAAUGAAGCUAAGAAAAGCUGUGUGAUUUCUCAAGUUGGAGACAACUUAUUUGCUGCAGUCAAAUUAUAUUUGUCAAAAAAGCUAAAGGAAGUCACGGAGAAAAAGAAAAAUUCUGUUUUGAAAGACAUUGAUGAAAAACUAACAAGAACAGCAAAAGAACUGGGUUAUUCACUGGAGCAGAAAACCAUGAAGAUGAAACAGAGAGAUAAGGAAGUAGUGACCAAGACGUUUCAUGGAGCAGGUCUUGUUGUUCCUGUAGACAAAAAUGAUGUUGGGUACAGAGAGCUCCCUGAAACAAAUGCUAAUCUUAAAAGAAUUUGUAAGGCAAUUGUGGAUGCUCCUAGCGAUGAAGAGAGACUGAAAGCCUUUGCUCCCAUUCAGGAAAUGAUCACUUUUGUUCAGUUUGCAAAUGACGAAUGUGACUAUGGAAUGGGAUAUGAACUGGGAAUGGACCUCUUUUGCUUUGGGUCACAUUAUUUCCACAAGGUGGUUGGACAGCUGCUGCCUCUUGCCUACACUCUGCUGAAGAGGAAUUUAUUUGCCGAAAUAAUUGAAUCGCAUUUGGCAAAUAGAAGUGCAGAGACUCCAGACCAGCUUGCAGCAUGAGCCAGAGAAGAGGUGGCAACCCGUUUCAAGCAUUAAUAGAGUCAAACUUGUUUUCUUGCAGAGCCGGUGCGAGCUGUGCUGGUGAUGUGAUGUUGUUUCCUAUGUGUGAUAAAUAAACUGUUUUUUCUAAAU